GCUGCAGUGCAAGGAGUCUCGAUGCCUCUCGUGGCUCCUGUGAACGGCGUCCUGGAGAGCGCUUGGGGCCCAAAGUUCAUUGCUCUUGCUGAAGAGGUUGGGCUCCCGCUGGAUGGCACUAGGAAUGGGCCGCUGCUUCCGGCCCCGUUGGAGGCCGGAGGGUGGAGCAGCAGAUCAGUCACUUCGGAAGAGGCUGGCGAAUGGUUGAGAGCUUUGCUCAGCCGGGGCAACAAGUGCACCGAUUCAAUCAAGGGUCACUCUUUGAAGGCUACAACGCUUGACUGGUGUGGCAAGUACGGAAUGACUGAUGCGGUGCAAACUUUGCUCGGACAUCACGCCUUGAAAGGGAUGACGAUGUAUGCAUACAUGCGUGACAAGCUUGCAGCUCCGCUCAGAGAAUACGAGCACAUGCUUAGCGCUGAUCCAGGUCCUGAGGCCGAGGAUAGGUACUACCAGGCUGCGGCUGUUACGCCUGAAGCCGAGGCUGCUAGCUUUCUUGCUUCGCUGGAGGGGCACCUCGAGGAUGAUGAGCCCAAAGGUUCUGUUGCCGAGGCCGGGGCUGUGCUUCAGAGCUCGUCGUCCUCAUCUUCUUCGAGCGACUCUAGUUCUUCUGGAGAUGAGGCCAAGGCUGAUUGGAGUGAUGACUUUCAGAGGGAUUUAGGUGCCUCCGUGAAGAAGGCUUCGAUUGAGGGGCCGGACAUGGUUUUCUGGAAGCACGACAGGACUCUGACGAUUCAUUCCGUCGCUGCUGGAUCCACUGGUGAGGUUUUCACUUGUGGAAGGAAGCGCUCUUCCGAGUACUCGCGCAUAACUCAGAGCGCCUUCAUGGACACCAGGUGUGGAGCCGUGAUGUUCCGGCGGGCUCAGGUGCGAGGACUUGUGCUGGCGAUGUGCAAACACAAGGUGGAUCACUUGGUUGGCAAACAUGUGGACACUUUGUCCAAGUUGGCAUUUGUCCUUGUCCCGCCUGGCAAAGUGCCUGAGGACGAUGCCGUGAUCAAUUUGUUGCCAACAGGGGCCACUCAAGGCUCUAUCGCGGGCCUCAAGCGUUUGCUCUUUGAAUCGCAUACUCUGAUAGUUUCGGCUUUGAAGCAGCGAAUUGAGCGAACUGAUGACACUCUUCCGGUGUCUCUUGAUGUUGCUGAGAGGGAGGACCGCUUGACAGGGCAGAAGGCUCGGCUCGGCGGCUUAACUUUCCAAGGUGAGGAGGAGGUGGCCCAUGGAGCUUAUGACUUGGUUUUCUCCAUGGCUCAAAAGAAUGAGCUUGUCUGGCUCGCUCCUGAGAAGUUCGGGACUCGCAGGGCUGAGAUUGGUGCAAAGAAGGCAGGGAAGGAGUUGGUGAUUGACGGGACUGGAGUCGCUGUCAAGGACAAACCUGCUGUCCAUAACUGCAUUAUCAAUAGUGAGCUUGAUCUUGUCAUGGCAAUGCGCCGCAGGGCCUUAGCUUAUGAUCUGGUUGGCAUCUUGACUUAUGAUGUGGCCAAUCGUUAUCACCAAGCCUUGGUGCAACGUCUUCAGGACGCCCCUCCACCGGGGUACGCGAGAGUGUCAAUAGCACAGGUCCUUCGUGCUGACCGCGCGGCUUUCCUUAAGCUGGCGGAAACCAUCACUACUUUGAGGCGGAGUGGUGGAGGUGCUUUGCCGUUGGAUGUUCAGUUGCCCAACAUUCUUUUGGACCCAAGUGUUGCUUAUCAUCUGCUGCCUCUACCGCCUGGGGCUAGUUCUUCGAGCACUGCCCAAGAAAGGAGCGAAGCGCACCAACUUCUCA